CAAUUUAUUAUUUGCGUUGAUGAUGAAAGAAUAAUGAUAUAAUUAUUGUUUUAUGAACAGCACAUGUUGGUAGAGAUGUCACGGCAUCAAAAUCUAAUUUGUUUUGGAGUAACACGAACAUUUAAAAAAUAAAAAGACAGACAUCAAUCAAUUUUUUUCCGAAAUUUAAUUCGUACUUAAAAUAUCAUUCACAUAGCUAGAAAAGAAAAUAGUAUAGAAAUUAAUUAAGUAUUAGGUUAUUGUUAAUUUUUUGUUUCCGGGAUAAUGUUAUUAGUUGUUGUUUAUGAUUGUAUACAAUAUUAUGAUACUUGCCGUGUAUAUUUUGAUGUUAUUAUUUGUUUACGCUUAGAUAUAAUAAUUAUAAAUCAGAUAUCAUGGGUGAUCCUCCGCCAGAAAUCAAGAAUCUUGCCAAAGUGGUUGAUCCACAUUUGAAUGGUGGACAAUUGAUAUCCUAUUCAAGCCGCUAUCUCACCAAGCCUGGGGAUAAUUAUGGAAGUUUGAUGCUAUCAAUUUCAGCAAAUAUCCGCCGAAUCGAUGGAACCAUCGAAGAACUCCCUCUGGUGGCAAAAUUGCCACCACUCACGAGUGAGAUUUUUUGGAAUAUUUUCAAUCCCGAAGUAACAUCAUUGAGAGAGAAUGCAAUUUACGAAAAUGUAUCACAAAGUUUGCUGCAACUUCAGUUCGAUAAAGGAAUUCCAGAAUCCGAAAUAGUUGAUAUUUUCGCUAAAUCUUAUGGGUGUCGAAUAUCGUUGAAUCCAAAUGCAACCACUCUCGAUCGUGAUGCAGUCUUGGUGUUGGAAAAUCUUCAGAACAAUGGAUAUCGGGCAGGAAAACGGCAAGUUAUGUUUGAUUAUAAUCGUAUUAGGAUGGUUUUGAAAUAUGUCGCAAAAUAUCAUGCUUUACCAAUUGCUCUGAGAAAAUUACGACCUGGUGAAUUUGAUGAUAUCAUACGACAUAAAUUUGCUCGUUACGAUAUCAAUGGACAUAUGGAUCCACAAAUUUGUGAUAUUUUCAAAAAGCAAAUGAUGGAAGAAGUUGGUAUUGCAUUAAAUGGUGAUGUAAAAGCGUUUGACCAAGUUAAUGAACUAGAUUUACUUUAUCGAAAAUAUAUGAGUCAGUCUGAGGCAUGUGAAGAUGGUCUCUUUACAACAAUAGCUCAUUACGAUUUGUGGAUUAACAACGUCAUGAUUUUAUAUGAUGAAGAUGGUAAACCGAGCAAAUUGAAAAUUGUUGACUUCCAAAUAGCACAGUAUGAAUCAUUGAUGCAUGAUAUAGUAUUUUUGUUAUUAACUAGUGUUGAAACGAAUGUUAUAUUUGAACAUUUUGAUAAUUUACUAAAAUAUUACUAUGCUGAAUUUAUUGAAUGUCUAGAAAAACUAUCGGUGAACACAGAAGACUACAGUUAUUGCAAAUUCAUAGAAGAACUGCAUCAAAUUGCUCCAAUACAAAUCCCUCAUGCAUUGCAUAUGUCAAGAGUAUUACUUGCUGACGACAAAAAUCUUCCAUCAGAUAUAAAGGAUUGUGACACGGAUACAUUUAAUUCACCAGCAUCUGAAGCCUUGCUACAAAAACUACGAGACAUCGUGAAGAUUUCACAAAAGUUUGGCUUUUUUUGCCAUACACUUCAUUGCCGGGUUUUAAAAAAAAAAAAGAAAUUAUCAGUUGCAGAUAAAAUACCGGAAAUUUUAAAUCUGGCUCAAGUUGUUGAGCCUUUUUUAAGAGGCCAGAAAUUGAUAUCGUUUACAAGUAAAUAUCUUACAAAACCCGGUGAAAACUACGGCAGUAUAAUGUUGGCAAUUUGCGCUAAACUUCAGAAUUCUGAUGGCUCAUACAAAAAAUUACCUCUGAUAGCAAAAUUACCUCCUUUAUCGAGUAAGGAACUUUGGAAUUUAUUUAAACCGGAAGUUACAUCUUUGAGAGAAAAUGCAAUUUAUUUGGAUUUAUCACCAAGUAUACGUCAACUUCAAAUCGAUUCUGGAAUAGCUGAAAAUGAACUACAAAACUCGAUCGUAAUGCUGUUUUGGUGCUGGAGGAUCUCCGAUGCAGUGCUUAUAACCACUGGAAACAGGAAGAAUAUAUUUGAUUUGGAUCACAUAAGACUUGUGUUGGAAUAUCUUGCAAGUUAUCAUGCUUAUCCCAUAGCGCUAAGGAAUAAGCAACCGGAAGGUUUUGAAAAAGAUAUUUUACCAAAAUUUGAAUCGUCUCUGUUGUUUGAAGAAGUUCAAUAUGAAAUAAGACAAAUGUGUAAAGAAGUGAAAUUGGCCUUAGAUAAAGAUUUAGAAGCAAUAACACAAUAUGAAAAGUUGGACAAAUCUUUUCAUGACCAUAUUUCUAGUGUAGGAAAAGAAAGGAAUCUUUUUACAACAAUUGCUCAUUUUGACUUGUGGAUCAAUAACAUAAUGAUACGUUAUGAUAGCACUGGAACUCCGGACAAGUUAAAAAUAAUCGAUUUCCAAACAAGCCAGUACGCAUCGCUGGCACACGAUGUGGUUUUUCUAUUACUAAGCAGUGUAAAAACCAAUAUUCUGGAAGAAAACUUUCACUCACUUCUAAAGUAUUACUACGAUAAAUUUAUUACGUGUUUGGAAAAUAUGUCGUGUGACAUCAAAGAAUAUUCUUAUGAGAAGUAA